UGCGCACACAAAGAGGCGCAUCGUGAGGGAGCUGAGAGGACCGGAGGCUUCCAGUUUGGCUCUGAGGAGAAAGUCAGAGUAGCGGUUAUGCAGCCUCCAGACGAAGGCACAGGCAGCACGGCUGGCACAGGAGUUGGCCAGGGUGGCCCGGGUGGCCCCGAAGGUCAGGGUGGCCUUAGUGGCCCUAACAACCCUGGUCUCCCAGAUGUCCAGGAAGGCCAGGGUGGCCCAGGAGGCCCCAGCGGUCCUGGUGGCCCUGACAGCCAGGUUAGCCCUGGUGACCCUGACAGCCAGAGCGGCUCUUCCAGCCCUCAGGGCUUGGGUGGCCAGUGUGGCCCUGGAGGCCCUAGCAGUCAGCGUAGCCCUGGUGCCCAUGAUGGCCAGGGUGGCCCUGGUGGCCCCCAUUCUCAGGGUGGCCCUGGCACUGUUGAGGUCCAAGGUGGCCCAGCAGGCCCGGGCGGUCCCAGAGAGGAGGAAACAAUGGGAGCAGCAGCUGUAAGUGCCCCCCAUGUUGCACGGACCGCACGUGUUUCAGGACCAGGUGGAGAUGCAGCACCACUGGCCUUAGGACCGGGAAGCCGACAGAUGGUCUUCACUCUCACCGUGCCUUUCCGGUCACCCCUGGAGGCAGAGAUGGCUCUCAGGUCCAUGGCCCCAGAUGCCCAACGCCACCAGCAGGCGGCAGUUCAAAAGGAGUUCACACUGAAUGGCAGUGCUCUGGCUGUAAGAUGGACUGCUGAAGACACUGGUCUCCUCCGGAUUUCCAUCAACUCCUUCCUAGACCACCUUUCCUUGGUGAUGAGGAACAUUCAACGCAUUGGGCCUCCCUUUCCACUAAGUCUUGGCCGGGAAAAGGGAGCUGAAACCUAACCUUGCGACCCCUACCAGGCAAUGUAUAGGGAAUUGAUUCCUGCAGUAGUUGCCACUUUAUGAAGAAGGCCUACUUUGUUUGCCUGUAUUGGCUUUUGGGCUCUCACUGCCCAAUUGUAUCGUUUCUCUGUUGCUUUAGGGAGGGGGCUGAUUAAAUGUUUGUUGCUGCAGAAAAUAAAAC